AUGGAUGGGAAUUUUUCUUACGUCAAUGUUUCAAUUCAACAGGCUUCAAUAUCCGUUCUUAAAAAGCCCUCGGGAAUUUCCUCGCUGGAUGAAAAACGCUCGGAUGUCUGCACAUUGAUUCCUUGGAGAGCCGGUAGGUGCCUGGCGUGGGAACGGUACGUGCACAUAACCAGCAAGGAAAUUGGUUUGGCCGCAACCAGGGCAUUGGAUAAAAAGAUUAAAAAAUAUGAUGGUGCUCUGCCCCCUCAAUGGAUUUUUUAUCUGUUUGCAUCGAGGUUCUUGGCCCGAUGGACAACAACACUUCCAAAUUUUUUAAAAAUAUUUGCAAAAUCAUGUGUCAAAUCCGAUGACAGCAGAGAGCUAUUUUUCGCCAUGAAUCAUAUCUCUUGUUUGCUGCAAAAGUUCUUGCGCGUCUGUGUUACCGAAAAUGUUCAAUUAAACGCCGACGUGAGCGAAUGA